AAGUAAAAAAUUCGGCUUGGCCCAAGAAUUUGGCAAGCUCGGCAGGAAUAUACAUAGCUUGGCAGUUGAAAUUUCACAGUUACACAACUGAUUUUAACUAAAGCCGAAAAAAACUAUUUUAGCAAAUUUUGAACAAUGUCUUCUAUAAAAUCCAAAGUUGAUAAAAAAUGCAAAAUCGAAAAUAAGGUAUCCUCUACACCCACAAUAAAUAAAAAUAAUGAAAAAUUAAUGGUGGAUAAAAAUAAUAAGAAUAAAAAAGUUAUAGAAAAUAGUAAAAGCGAAAUUGAUGAUAUUUUCGCGUCUGCGAAGAAUAAAAAAGUGUCUACAGAUCCUCAAUUACAAGAAUUGUCAACAGCAUCAUCAUCAUCGUCGCUCUCCUCUUCCACAAUAAAACAAAAAGUAGAAGAAUUUGUUUUCAAAGUUCCUGCAAUUCCUGAUAAAUCACAAGCUACAAAACGAAAGUUAAAAUUGAACGACGAUAACGGAUUUAGCGAUACUCGAGGAACAAAAAGCCGAAAAACUACGGAAGAUGGACUGCCGAUAUUUGAUAUUAAAGAAUUGAAUGUCGGUAACGGAGAAGACACGCCGCUGUGUCCAUUUGAUUGUGAUUGUUGUUUCUGAUUCAGAAUUAUCACAAGAAGUGACAAUGGUGAUUGUCACGCCUUACCGUCACCACCGGUGGCACCUACAAAAAUAUCUUAAAUAAUAUACAAUUGUAUCAAUUUUCGCAUCCAAUAAUAUUUAUUUAUGUUCUUAUUUGAAUGCUGCGCUGCAGUUUAAAAAUUAAAUAAAAUUUGGCCCUUCAUUUUUGCG